GAUUGUUAUAGGCAAGUUCUUAAGUAAAAAUUAGUUCUACAUAAUAAUGAGAGAAUAAUAAAAAAGGAUAAUUAGUAUAUUUUGUCCUUAUAUAUUAUGUCUUCUUACAGGAUUUUCAAUAAUGGCAAUAAUGUUCCUGUAUCUGUAUCAAGCAAAUGUCGAAAAAUAGCUAAAAGAUUAUGUACUUAAAUAAUACAAUGAAUACUUAGAUUUCACUAGCUAUUCUGAAAAAAUUAUAUUGACCAUUCAGUUUUAAAAAAUUACUUCUAUAACGCAAACUUUAGGUUUAUUUUCUUAAAGCUUGAUGAAUGAUACUUUUGGUUAUAGUAAAAUAGUUUAAUGGGAGGAUUAAUUGCCUUAGAAAUUUUCAUAAGGAUAGGAUAAACCAAAUUUUCUGAUAGCUAAUGGUUAUUAACUUGAAGAUUACUGCAAACCUGUCAGUUUGUGUUAAUCUAACUAAAUAUGCUUAGAUAACUAUGAUAAUUAUUUUUAAUAACUAUAUUACUUGGAUGAUGAAGUACAAUACUAAAAAGUAUAGUAUUCUACAUGGACUUAUCAAAUGACUAAUGAUUGGAAAGAAUUAAAAGAUAUACAAAAGUAGUUUAUCAUCAAAAUAAGUAUGUUAUAAGUUUUUGGAUUGUCUUAUAUUUUGAAUUAGUAAAUAGACAUAAUCUAAACUACUGGAAUUUAUCUUACAAGAUAAGAAGAUGGAAUUUUAUUUGAAGUUAUGCAAUACAAUUUACUUAUUGAUAACAGCUUUCUAAGUGUAAAAGAAUACGGAGGCCCGUUUGAUUGCAAAAAAAUAAAUGGAAGCUAUCCAGAAUAUAUUUAUACAAAUACUAAUUAAUUUGAUGGAUUUUUAUAUAAAGACGAUUCUGGAAAUAUAUGUGGAGAUGUUAAUUCGCCUUGCGAAUGUCCUUAUUUUAACACAAAAAGAUUAACUCCAUAUGAUUGGAGAUGUAGGCCUUGGUAUUAGUAAGCUGACGACACUUUCUUUGUAUCUUAUUCCUAGCCAUAUAUAGAUAUUACAUUUGGUUCUGUAUGCGCAACAAGCACUUUUAAAGUAGUGCUCACGAAUAAUAAGACAAAUUCUAUUUAAAAUGAAAUUAAUUAUUAGCAAGAUGCCGUCUUAGGAGCUGACAUUGAUCUCUCACAUUUAAAAUCUAGAUUUAUUUAAAGUACACAAAAAAUAGAGUACUCUUAUUUGCUCUCUACUAACGUUUAUAUUAACUCUACUGAUUUUAGUCCAUUAGUAUUUGCUCAUCCUAAUAUGAGUUAAACCUAAGAAUAAGACAUUUAUUAAGUAGAAUUUACUGAUCCUAAUUACAAUUAAACAGAGAAGUAGUAAUUUAAAAAUUAAACAGAGUUUUUAGUAGCUCCUUAAUAAAUAAAAAAAUUUUGUAAUGCAACAUCAAUAAACAAUAUUUAAAUCAGAACUAUAAAUAAAAAUAACAUUCCAUAUUUAACUCGAUUUACCCCAAUAUAAAUAUGCUUUGGUACUAUAAACGAAAUUUAUAUCUUUAAUUGCAAGCUUAAAAAUGGUCAGAUAAAAUCAUCUGAAGAGCUUAGGAAUUUGAUAUUUUCUAUAAAUGAGAUUGUUUUAAAAAUUUAAGAAAAUGUUUAAAACAUUGAAUAAAUAGAUUAAAGUUCAAAUGACUGCUAAGUAGAAUAAAUAUACAUGUAAUCCUUGAUAACUUAUGAAGCUGUUUCUCAUUAAAAUGGAGCAGCAAUGUGUUUAAAUAAUAUUGCAGCUAUUAAUUUAAUAUAAAAAAAUUUUGAUAAGGCAUUAUCUUUUAUGAGCCUUUCAGACAAAAUUAAUUAAUAAAUUCUCGAAGAUUUCACUAAAAAAUUAAAGGAUUAGAAUAAUAUAAAUCAGUUUCAAGCAAUUGAAAUGUUAAACGAACAAGACUACUUCCCUUUCUUCAAACUAUAUGCAAGUCGAAAAUAUUAAUUUGCUAAUAUUUUAUACCAUCAUGCUAGAAGUUUAAAUAAAGUCAAAAAUGAAUUAAAAAUAUAAAGAUUCCUAAGUACAAACCAAAGUGCUUUAAUUUCCUCAUAAUAUUUAUUAAAAUAAAGACAAUCAUCUAACUUUAUGUCUUAAAAAGAUUCUAAGUUAAUGAAAGACCUGUCAGUAUUGUCUUCAGAUAUUUGUUUCUCUAAAAAAUUUUAAAUGAGAUCAAACACUAUAGUCUAAAAUAAAGAUAUGACAAACCUGACUUAAUAAUUAUAAGGCUUGGUAGAAUUUUAAGAAGCAAAAAAUUUAAUUAAUAAAGCUAUUUAUAUUUUUGAACUAAUUACAAGGUCUAAUAAAAUAAAAAUUUUAGAAAAAAACAAAUUUAAACUGUAUUUAACUCUUUGCUUAUUGCUAUUGAUCAAAAUUUAACUUGUAGAUUAAAAAGUUUUCAGAAUAACAAUUAUAAAAUAAUUAUUUAAAGAUAUAAAAAAAUUGGUUUUUCGAAAAUAUUAUUUAUCUGAUCACGAUUAAAAUUUAUAAAUAAUAAUUGUGUAGAAUUAUUUUUACUAUAAAAGUCUAUUCAAUUUUAGAUAAUAAAAUUAUAGAAGAUCUAUAUCUUAUAUUUUACAAAGUCUCUAAUACUAUUAUAAACUUGAAUAUAAGUAUAACUAAAAUUAAUUAUUUACCUUUUAAUCAUCAUUUUAGCAAGUUUAUGAUUCUAAAAUUGCUUACAAAUCUUUAAAAUUGCUCUAAAAAAUUAUCCAAUUAGAGAUUAUCAAAGUAAACGCCAACUAAAAAAAGCUAAUAGAAUAAGAUAUAUUAAACUUGUAAUACAUUUCUAAAGACAAACUCCAAAGUAAUAACAUUUAUUUUCUUUAAUUAAACAAAUAAAUUUAUUUAAUUUUUAUGAAAAAAAGAUGA